CGCUCCGCCGCGCGCCCCGCCGCCGCCCCGCGCCCGCCGCGCCCCGCGCCCCCCGCCCGGGAAGAUGCGCCUGCCCGCCGGAUGGCUGCUCCUGCUCUGCGGCCCGUGGCUCCCGAGGAAGGCCCUGAGUGCCCAGAUACCCGAGUCUGGGAGGCCUCCGUACCUGGAGCUGCGCUCCGCCGCGGCCGGAGAGGGCGCGCCCGGCCAGCAGCUGCCCGCGCCCAAGUCUCCCGAGGGCCUGGGUCCCUCCCGCGCCUGGAGCUGGGCGUGGCCGGUUAACCACACGGGCGCCCUGGCCCUGCCCGCGCAGCGCACCAAGGGCAAGCCGUCGGUCAAGGCGGCCCGCGCCAAGAAGAUCUUCGGCUGGGGGGACUUCUACUUCCGCGUGCACACCCUCAAGUUCUCGCUGCUGGUGACGGGCAAGAUCGUGGACCACGUGAACGGCACCUUCAGCGUGUACUUCCGCCACAACUCCUCCAGCCUGGGCAACCUCAGCGUCAGCAUCGUGCCGCCCUCCAAGCGCGUGGAGUUCGGGGGCGUGUGGCUGCCGGGCCCCGCGCCGCACCCGCUGCAGUCCACGCUGGCCCUGGAGGGGGUGCUCCCGCGCCUGGCGCCCCCGCUGGGCAUCGCCGCCGCGCCCGGCGCGCUGGCCGGGCCCGUCGGGGGCGCGCUGGGCGUGCCUGGGGCCAAGGAGUCGCGCGCCUUCAACUGCCACGUGGAGUACGAGAAGACGAACCGCGCGCGCAAGCACCGCCCGUGCCUCUACGACCCGUCGCAGGUGUGCUUCACCGAGCACACGCAGAGCCAGGCCGCCUGGCUCUGCGCCAAGCCCUUCAAAGUCAUCUGCAUCUUCGUCUCCUUCCUCAGCUUUGACUACAAACUGGUGCAGAAGGUGUGCCCAGACUAUAACUUCCAGAGCGAACACCCCUACUUUGGAUAGCGCGCCUCCCCUCCCCGCCACCCUGUCGCCCCAGGCUCCGAGCUCCCCGCCAAAUCCUCGCCACCCUCCCCCCCCCACCAUCUCCCAUGCCGCCCCCCACCCCCGCAGCUCCUGCGGGCACGUCCACCCUUUCCAUUUGGGGGGGGCAGAGGGGAACAGCUUUGGGGAGGGGGGUCCCCUUUCCUCUCUGGGAAGUGAGUGAUCACGAGAUGCGGAAGGGGGACCGCCCGCCCUCUCCGCUGCGCCCUCCGAGGAGGGGUAAGAGCACAGAACAGGACGGCCUUGGACGCACUGCAGCCACCCUGGGUCGGUUCGCCCCUGGCCUUCGGCUGGACACUCCCUUCGCCCGCAGCUUUAAAGGCGCCUGGCCUGGCCCCCUCAUCUGCACCCCCCCACCCCACGUUCUCGCCCCGAGGUGCUUGUCACCUUCACCCAGACCCCUGUAAAGGCUGCCCCUUCCGCUCCCCCCUUCUGCCUGCGUAUGCCCGUCCACCUCCCCACGACCCGGGUUAGGGUAGCAGAAGCACAACUCUCGCCCCACCCUCCGCCCCGCCCCUCCCCUCCCUGCAGCUCUGCUCCACCCCCCCCUUACUUCCUCCCCGUGGUAUUUCUUUUUUUUUUUCUACGCCAAAACAGACGUGAAAGGGCACAAAAUAAAGUGGAAUACUACAGGC